UUACACGUCAAGAUGUCGUAUGGGGGAAAGGGUGUGCGUAGGCGGCGAUGAUCUGGCAGUAGUGGCAGUUCGUAGUUGUGGUUGACCGACGGGACUUGCUGUCGGCCAUGCAGCAGGAUAGCAGAUGUCGUCAACUGAGUGGCGGCGGGCGGCAAGGGGGAGCAGAAGCGGAAGGCGAAGGAAGGGGGAGUGGAGAGGGAGAGCGCUGGGGAGAGCGGCCAGAACCAGUUAGGACAUGCUGGCCAGCAGCUGGACGAGGAAGCGAGGAAGCGAGGAAGUGUUUCUUGGUCGCCGCCGUAGUCUUGUUCGUGGUGUCGUCCAGGCGUCCGGUCUGCGAUGCGAUGCGCUGCCACGACGUGGUGGUGGAGACGCUGGGAUGCAGGAUGCAAAAAAACGGUGGGCGGAGGAGAGAUAGGUACCUAGGUAGGUACCAAGUACGGAGUACCUACUCUGGCUGCAGCGUGUCCUGGCAGGUCCGCGGUGCAGGCAGGGACGACUCGGAUGUACGAAGUACACUUGCUCUCUGGCGAGCAGGAGAAACGACAAGGGAAGGAAGGGCAAGCAGCAAGCACGGCCGCGGUCGACGUCGACGCCGAGGAAGGAGACGGGGGUGGGUCGUUUUCCGGGGGUUGUUGGCGGCGGCAGGUGAGACACGACGACGGACGGAACUUAGCUUUUAGAGAGAGGGAGAUGGGAGGGAAAGGCCAGAAAGGGGGGGACCCAAGACACGGCGAAACG